AUAAAACUCACACGUGUUUCUCUCUCCAACGGAGUCCUCUUACGAGAUUUCCUUCUCGAUUCCCACGCUCUCUCAUUCUCUCUCUCCCUCGCUCGCUCGCUCUCGCAGUCCCCUUCCCCCAGUAACAUUCUCCAGAGGGUAAGUUCCUGGUUUUUCGAGAACUAAGAAAAGGAAUGGUACCAAGUACUGCCAAAGAUGCAUUUGAUCGUGUUGCUAAGAAACAAAAACUGUCAUUUUCUAAAUCUCAUGAAGUGAUCCAUCAAGUGAGCCAUGAAAUUGAGCAGGCAUUGGUAAAAAUCCAGUCAGAUGAAGAUCCUAUGUUUCCCAUUGAUCAGAAAUCAAUUCUCACAGAACUAAAGCACAAGCUUAUCGCAAUUGCUCCUCUCAAGCAAUUAGAAGGGUCACAGAAGGAAUUGAAUUUAAAUCUUAGCAAGUUGCCUAAGCUCCUUGAAAAAUCAUUUCCUGACUUAUCCAUGGCAUACAGAAAUGUUGACUUUGACUUUCAUAUCAUUAAUCAGAUAAUAGCAAGUCAUUUUUACCGUCAAGGCUUGUUUGAUCUUGGAGAUUGCCUAAUAAAUGAAGCUGGAGAACCAGAAGCAGCUGCUCUAAGAUCUCAUCUCUUGGAACUACAUCAAAUACUCGAGGCAAUGAGGAUUAAAAAUAUUGAGCCAGCUCUGAAGUGGGUCUCUACCAACCGUGAAAAACUAAAGCAGAAUGGUUCAAACCUUGAGCUGAAGCUUCACCAGCAGCAGUUUGUGGAGAUUCUGAAGAGAGGAAGUCGUGCUGAUGCCCUCAACUAUGUGAAAACUCACCUUGCUUCUUUUGCUUCUAGUCACAUGAAAGAGUUUCAGAAGCUAACAGUUUGCAUUAUGUGGAUGGGCAGACUUGAAAAAUGUCCUCACUCUGAACUGUUUGCUCCAAUCUGUUGGGAGAAGUUGACUGAGGAGUUGAAUAGGGAUUUCUGCAAAUUCAUUGGCCAGUCCCUUCAGAGUCCAUUGAGUGUGGCAAUAGCAGCUGGGAUUGAAGGGUUGCCAACUCUCUUGAAGCUGGUGAAUGUAAUGGCUGCAAAGAAACAAGAGUGGCAGGCUUUGAAACAGUUGCCAGUGCCAGUAGAGCUGGGAAAGGAAUUUCAGUUCCAUUCUAUUUUUGUCUGUCCUGUAAGUCGGGAUCAAGGCAAUGAGGAGAAUCCGCCGAUGCUGCUGCCAUGCUUCCAUGUUCUCUGCAAGCAGUCAAUCAUGAAGCUAUCAAAAAGCAGCUCCCGGUCAUUCAAGUGUCCUUACUGUCCAGCUGAGGCCUCAGCUGUGGUGUGCAGGCAGCUAUAUAUCUGAAGAAUUUUUCACUCCUCUGUAGGAAUAGACUGGAAAAUUUGCCUCAGCUGUGGUGAGAACUUGUUUUUGCUUGGGGGUUACUGUAUGUAAACAUUCUUUUCAAAUUUAUGUUUUGAUUUUCAGACUUUUCAGUUGCUGAAAUCCCACGUAUACGGAUGUAAAUACAUAAAAACAAGGUGAUUACCAUCGUUUCACUUUUAUCAUGAUACUGACAUCAGGCGUCAUCAUUCAGGUGA